AUGGGGCUCCUCCGUGAGGGGAGGGAUCUGGGGUUAUCCUCCGAACUGACCCGUCUCUCCCUGCUUCCCUCCUGCCUCCCAGAUAUUAACGAACUGAAUUUGCCGAAAACAUGCGAAAUAGAUUUCUCCGACCAGGACGACCUCCUCAACUUCAAGCUAGUUAUCUGCCCUGACGAGGGUUUCUAUAAAGGGGGGAAGUUUGUCUUCAGUUUUAAGGUAGGCCAAGGCUACCCUCAUGACCCUCCCAAGGUGAAGUGUGAGACCAUGGUGUACCACCCCAACAUAGACCUAGAGGGCAACGUCUGCCUAAAUAUCCUCAGAGAGGACUGGAAACCUGUACUAACAAUAAACUCUAUAAUUUAUGGUCUGCAGUACCUCUUCUUGGAGCCAAACCCCGAAGACCCCCUGAACAAAGAGGCUGCCGAGGUCCUUCAGAACAACAGACGCCUGUUUGAGCAGAACGUGCAGCGCUCCAUGCGGGGCGGCUACAUCGGCUCCACCUACUUCGAGCGUUGCCUCAAAUAGAACUGACCAGCUGCCCCCACCCCUCCCACGAGGGACUCUGCCAACACCGCUGCCUUCAGCCACCGGGGGGCAUGGGAGCCUGGCACUGGCAGGGCCCCCCUCGCUGCUCACGGCCUCUGCCCCUGGCAGCCUUCCCCCCCCCCUCCUGCCCCCUGGCUGAAGGGGAGGUGGCUGCUGAGGGAUGGGGCAGGGCUUACAUUUGUAUCCCCUGCCCCACCCAUACAGCCCCCUCUUCCCUAUUGGUCGCUCUCCUGCUGGUUUCCCAGUACGCUCAGGCCCCAAGCAGAGCGCCCCCUAGCCGUGGCCCAGCGUGAGCGCACUGGCUCUUCCCCCUGGCUUUGCAGAGCGCAUCUAUUUAUUAGGCGGGGGGCUGCAGCAGGGGUGUAGGGCAGGCCAGGGGUGCAUGCAGUCCUGCCGUGGGGGGGGCCAGGCCCGCCCUCCUCUUUUACAUCCCUCUUGUGUCUGGUUUUUAAAAACAAAGCGCCCCACUUACAGCAAAGCGAAGGCUGAUUAUUCAAUGGGACCGGGCUAGAGGCGGGGCCUGGGAUGAUUGAACCCCGCCCCCUUCUGCCCCAGGCCUCUCCCCCCAAUGAACUGGUUUUUUGCCAUGCUGGGGCCUCCUGCCAGCCCCGGGGCCAUGAAGCCACUGUACUCUAGCGUGUCGGGUUAUUAAAGGGGAAUGUUAGCGCACCUCA